GUACCAGAUCAUCCCCCGACAAAUGUGACCGCGUUCAACACCAGUUCCACAAGUAUCAACGUCACCUGGCAGCCCAUCCCGCCAGAUCAUAUGAAUGGGAUAAUCCUAUCGUAUCACGUUAAAUAUAGGAGACGUGAUAAACCAGACGAUAGCGCUUCCAUAGUAAUAGUUAACAGUACAGAGGUCCAGGUGGAACUGAACGGAUUAGGAAAGUACAAAGAAUAUUCUAUACAAGUCGCUGGAUCGACAGUGGUUGGCUUGGGCAAUUACUCCGAGCCUGACUUUGUCCGAACUAACCAAGACGGUAUGUAACGCAUUUGGCAGAAUCCGUAUGGUGAAAAUUUACCAUGGUACUCCUCCUCCAAAUUCGGAUACAUACGCCAAUUGCACAUUCUAAAUCGUAGAUCGAAAGCUGUGGAACCUUUCGUCGGACGUAAUCAAGAACUUGGGGUUAUUUAGUAGUUUUAGGGAGGACCUAGAGACUUAUUUAUUUAUGUAUCUCAAAUUUUUCUGUUAUGUGCUAACUUUUCCUGUACUGUAAACUCAUAUGGGUAAAAAUUGUAAUUAUCAUUUUUUGUUAGACAAAGACAGGCUAUAUUCUUUACUAGCCAUAUUACAAACCAAGGCCAUGUGGCUUUGCUUGACUAUCAUCUCACUGAAUGCUCUACUUCGGAAGAUGUUCUUGUGAAAAAUUGUGAAAAGCAAAAAAAAGAAAAGUGUAUCCUUCUGCAUUUCCAGUCCCAGAUGAGCCGCCUGCUGACAUCACAGCCAAAGGAACCGAGCCAACAGUGUUAAGAGUACAUUGGUCCCCAGUCCCUAAUGAGGAUAUCAACGGUAUCGGAAUUGGUUACAAGCUCGCUUUAUUUAAUACCAGUGGGGAAAAUAUGAGGAAUUAUACCUUAAAUGCCUCUUUACUGUCGCUGGAAAUCACCGGGUUGGAAAUAUGGACGAAUUACAGUAUCAGGAUGGUGGCUUUCACUGUCGUUGGGGAGGGUCCCUGGAGUAACUUCAUUAGAGGAACUACGGACGAGGAAGGUGAGCCACAGGACGCUCAGUCUUCGUUACAAUUGCGAUUAUCAAGUAACUUGUUGAUGAGUUUUCUUUUUAUUUUCUUUUUGUAAACAGCUCCGUUCAAAUCUCCAGCAAAUUUGACAGGACAAGCCAAAAGCUCCACUUCAAUCUUUGUCCAGUGGAGUUCCCUUGUUCUACCAAAUCUUCGGGGAAUUCUCCGAGGUUACACGGUUUAUUACGAAGAAGCGCCAAGUUCCGUUCAUCCAAGCGUGUUGAAAAACGUCUCAGUUGACAUCUCUGUUACUGACGUUGAGCUUACCGACUUAUACAAGUUUACUGAGUAUCAUAUUUGGGUAACAUCGUUCACGACGAGGGAGGGGUUGCCGAGUAACUCCAUAUUUCUAACAUCAAAAGAGGAUAGUAAGUUUUUAUCGCUUCGAAGAGGCUUUUGAGUUCAAAUUUCUCUAUUUUUUUGCUUUCAUGAGGUUAAGACUCAAUCUCUAACUUAAAAAUAACAUGUUAUUAUCAGGUCCGGAUCGGCCUCCUUUAUACAUCACAUACUCGGCUCCAAGCUCCACCAGUCUGUUUGUUGAAUGGGGUUCAAUCCCUCCGCGGUUUGAAAAUGGCAUCAUAAGGGGAUUCAAGGUUCAUCUCCAUGAAAUUCCGUUUAAUGGCACAGUGGAGGAAAUGGAGGUAGAACCUCUUCUCCACUGGAUUAUUCUUGAUAAUUUGAAGAAAUUCACCGCCUACUCCAUUCAAGUUCGUGCCUUCACUACUGAAGGAUAUGGACCCGGAAAUAAUCUCACUGCUCGCACCAGUCAGGAUGGUAUGUACCUCACGUGCAAUAUAUACGCGUAAUUGACCAAGUGUGAGGUUAAAAUGGCUAGAUAUUGGCUGAAUUCUUUUUUUUCUGGUGUUUUUAUGGACCGAGACCAAGCCGUGAUCUCAUAAAAGCGGAAAAAAGAGAACGAGCCAUCUCAACGCCCAUCUUUCCCGCUCGGGUAGCCAAUCAGAAUACAGCAUUCGCUUCAUGUUGCCCAUGGGCGCUGCCAGCGAUAUAAUGAGGAGUUUUAAGGCCUUUAUCAUAACUCAACUAAAUGACUAAAAUGGAGAAUCGUAAGCACUAUUGAGAUUUCGGGGGGGGGGAGUCAAAACUUUGGAAGGGAGGGUAAGCUGCGGUAAAAUAAGCUGUUAGGGCUCAUAAGACCUAUCUAGUAUUUGAUAAGGUUAUCCUAACCGAGGAUAGUAAGUAUUAUUGUUCUUGUAAGCGGAUAACGUGAAAGAUAAAUGUAAAUUGAUACUUCAUGAGAAAAUUCGUUCUUGUUUAAUCUGCUGAAAUAUCAUUGCUAACCCAGAUGUCGCUCUUCUCGAUUUUUUAAGUACCUACCAGACCUCCGGCGAGUGUCACCACAGCAAGUCACGUCUCUUUGACAACCAUUCCAGUUGCCUGGCAACCGAUCGAUCCCGAGUAUAUCAAUGGAAUUUUAAUCGGGUACAAAAUUAGGUACCAGGCCGUCGCAGUUGGUGAGGAGACAGUUGAAAAUGAGCCAAUCAGAGAGCAGAUAGUCCCGAAGUCUUCUCUGUCUCUGGUGCUAAAUAAUCUUGAAGUAUUUACUUUGUAUCGUAUUGAUGUGUUGGGAUUUACAAAUAUGGGAGAUGGUCCAUCAGCAACUGAUUAUGCAGGUGUGUCUAAGUUAUAAAUGAAGCCUUUACUCAGACUUUAAAGGUUGACCCCGAAAUUGUUUUUUUGCCACUAAGCAGGAUUGAAACUAAAGAAGGUUCUAACUUGUUACUCUGUACCCGUUACCCGUUACCCGUUACGCGUUACACGUUACUCGUUACUCGUUACUCGUUAUUCGUUAUUCAUUUUUCGUUAUUCUUCAUAAGCAGCCGUGAACUAGUUUUUGGCCUGUCCAUUGAACCGACAACUUUCUGCAGAAUUUUAUCUUACGUGGUGAAGAAAAGCACUAUAAAAGUUAAGAGUCUAGACGAGCACACAGCACAAUGAGUAUGGCCAGAGUUCGGGCUUGUUUGUCCACUUAAAGCACUUUGUGUUAAACGUAAAGUUAUCGCAUCUGCGGUAAUACUUUACCACUAAAUAUCUUUUUCGUUUUUUAAUUAAAAGAGACUUGCCGUUGUCAUAAACGCCUCACAACGAGUUGGUACGAAUUUCUUCCAUAUGUUCGGGCGUCUGAGGAAAAUGUCCUGAGUGGGCUUAUUCCACCAAUCCUCGACAAGCUAGCAGUCACGUGCUGUGAAACCUGUCAAUCACACGGCAAAUCGUACGUAGACAUGAAUUCAAAUGGGUUCAAUGAAUCCGCCGAGCUUCCAAGUCUACGUGCACUGAGGAGCAACAUCGGAAAUCCAACAGACUUUUUCUUUCCGAUGUAUGGAUUCAAAGACCAGACGCAUUUUGCCAAACAGUUUGGUUAUCAAGGGAUAGUUGAAUCACCUGGAAUGGCGUACAUAGUGAAUACAAACUCCCAGGAUGACAUGCCCAAAACUAUCUUGGUGAACAUUGCUUCUUGCUGGCCAGUAGCCAUGCUGGCUAUGGCUUUUACGUAUUUGGCGGGCAUAUUAAUUUGGACAGUGGUAAGUCAGACCAGAUGUUACUUUAAAUUUCUCACUUCUUACAAGCUUCUAAGCAUAACUGUUACUAUAAGUUAAUUUUAUGGUUCCAGCGCUUUCAUUUAAUGGUCAUACUCUGAAGUUUCAUUCAAAGACUCAAAAUUUGGUUCCUUUUUGUACAGCACGAUAAACAGUACCACUUGAAAAUACUACGCGGUAUCACACACAAGUAUUUCUACCAGUUAAUAGCCGCAUUAUAGCACUUGACUCCGGGCUUUGGUAGAGAAAUUGGAGAAAGAAGUAACGACAUUUUACUUAAAAAUGAGAGAGCAAAAUGCAAAAAGAAAAACAUGUAGCGAGUAAUCAGGCGUGUUGGCUUUUUAGUCCAGAAAAGGCAACACACAUAGACUAUAUAAGUCUGUUAUCAUUGCUUUUUGUUUUAAUUUACCUCAUGCAUAGGAGUCGCGUUGUAACCCAGACUUCCCUCCAUCGUUCGUCGAAGGAUUACCUGAGGGCUUUUAUUGGUCAUUCGUUUCCAUGACAACAGUUGGGUAAGCUUAAGAUUUCUCGUAGAGUGGCGUGUUAACUGUUUCACAGUUCCUAGUUUGUAAUCCGUAUCAAUCUUCUCCAUUUUUACCCUUCGAGUCUGUUUGAGUCAACUGUUGUUUUUUGAAGGCUCUCUGUUGUACGAAAAUUUGAGCGUCGUAAGAAAUACUUACAUAUCACGAAGUCACGUUGGAGUCUAAUUCUUAUUUUCUUCUUAUUUUCAACUGAGCAGCUACAGCUUAUGUGGGUGGAAGUGCGCCUAUUAAGAACUGAUUUACAGUUAACAGAGAUAUACACAAUAUGUGUAACAAUAUAGUUGAAGGUUUAUCAAUUCCGUAACGAAGACCUAUAUUUACUCAGCGAUCCACUACGCAUGCUUCAUAAUGCUGCUUUCAUCCUUUUCUUGAAAAAACGAAUCUGAAUAGUAGCUUAUCUUCACGGUAAAGAUAGUUCGUACUGACGAAAUUUUACUCCAUGUCAUUUUUUUAUCUUUCACAGAUACGGUGAUCGUUCACCGAUGUCAGUUGUAGGGAGAUUUUUUGCUAUUAUCGUUAUCCUCUCCGGGCUGAUAAUCUUUGGUCUUGUGACAAGUGUCAUGACAACGGCUAUUACGACAGUUACUAUGGAAACGGAGUCCAGUCUCUACGGAGCUAAGGUACAGGCCAAUACAAUUCAUUAAACUUGUCUAUCAGCAUAUCCCACUCUAGAGAACUAUACGAAAGUAAUCCGUGGUUUUGCUUUUCUGCGCUCUGUGAUUGGUCCAGAAGCAUCACGCCACCCUCUCAACCAAUCAGAAGCAAAACCGAAGCCAAUGGUGCCUUACUCACCGCAGUUUUCCUGCACUCAAGGCUGCUGGCAUAAAUUAACUUUGAGCCCUCUGGUGUUCCUCACUUUUAUUCCGGAUGGUCGUUGUGAUAACUUUGCUCGUGGCUCUCUUGGAGGGGAUUGCCUCGAAAGUGCUCAAAUUUCGACCAUGAUUAGCGCAUGCUCGAUCAAAAAUUUCCAUUUGCUUUAAAAACACUUGAAGACUGAAAAGGCUUUCACAAAAACUUGAUUAUGAAAAAGGUGUGCGGCUAUUGAUCAUGGUGAAGUGCAACUGUAAUCUAGUAACAGUAAGGAGCACAUAUUUAUAUAACAUUUAACAUUAAUCUAGUUUUGCUGUUUGUCUGACGAUGUUGUCUUUCGAUGUAAAUGGAAACAUUUCGACUGCACACUGCAAGUCUUCAUCUGGUUAUGAGGUCGACUGAAUACGUUCUGAAUACAUUCUAUGUGUAAAUUUGACGGUAACUAAGGAGAUGGGUAUCUAAGCAUUCGCGGUUUAUCAGAGUAAAAUCGUUUCGAUUCUCGAAAGUGAUCUUGUUAUGUUCUCACAGAAAAAAAAAAUCCCACUGAAAUAUUAAAUCCUUUUGAUCACAAUUCAAAUCGUGCCAGGUCCAUUUAUCACGUGUCUCCUUUUGAUACCCUUUUGUGACUCUAUUGGUUAGUCAACAGUUUAAAGUGUUUCGUGUUAUCCUUACUGCCUCACAGGUAGCUGCGAUCAAAGGAUCUCCGGAAUACAGAAUGGCAGUGAGGAAGAAUGCACGAUUGGACGAAGGUAGGGAGAGAGAAGGUAAAUUCUGAUCAUAGAUUAACCCUUUAACUCCCAGAAGUGAUCAAAAUGAAACUUCUCCCUCUAAUAUCCUUAUAUUUCCAGCAAAUAGGCCAUAAGAAUGUUCAAACUUAUCUGGUAGAAAUUGUUAUCUUGAUCUAACACCAAAUUCUCGUAACCAAUUUACAAGGAAAUGUGUACCAGCUAGAAGAGAGAAUUAACAAUUUGAUCUUGGGAGUGAAAGUGUUAAGCUACGCAACACGACGCAACUUGGGGUAUGGCAACUCUCCCUAUAUAGUGAUACAUCGGUUACGCCUGGGCAUUUCUGCAGGUAUCCAGACGAAAAAUCCGUCUGAGUUCUAUCAUGAUAAUGCCUUGGUUAGAGGCGUUAGGAGAUUAUUGUGUCUUAUCCACGAACUUAGCAUAAACUCGGACAAAGAUGCAAUCUGACGUUUCCACAUUCUCCAACUUUUUCACGAAAAAGUGAGCCCACGCACGCGUGGGAGUGAAUCGUCGAUAAUUUCUCCUAACAGUAUUAGUACUGAAGUUCAUGAGGAGGAUGGAAAUGAUCACAAGUUAAAAAAGCUUUUGAUUGUUAAACAAAUUCUCUUUAACAAUACCAUAAAAAGGGAUAGAAAACAGUAUGAAAAAUACUAAUGUACACUCGAAACAGUAUUUUGUUUACCAGCACAAACAAUUAAGCGUAAAUGUGAGCCAACGAAUCUUGACUUGAUUUUGCUGUUGAUAUUUUGGCUCAAUAUACUGAAAUCCAUUCCUCUUUUGCUUUACCAAGAUCACGAAUACCACACGUUUGACGAUAUUUACAUAGCUCUAAAUGAACGGCAAGUUAUUGGAGCUUUGAUAGAUACAUAUAGUGCUGGAAGUAGCAAGGACUUGUUUGAGCAAGAAAAUCUACGAGUGAAAAAGAUCCUGGAUUACUCAGCUACAUACGGAGUUGUGAUGGGUAAUGAAGCCAAAAAACUCCGGCGCUGUUUCAAGCAUUACACUGAGAAGGUCUUGGCUAGUGAGAUUGCACACCAUAUACAGAACAAUACUGAACAGUUGCAGGUAGAUAUUUUCCUUAAAUACACGAAAGGUAAUGAUAUAGAUCUUCGUUUCAACAGAUUGGGUAGAUGGUUAAAUGAUUGAAGAGGUUUAACUUCAUCAACAGUUUAGGUUAGCCGUGAGAGGGAUGUUUGCUAAGUAAUGGAGGCCUAACUGACUGAUAACUUGCCCGCUUGCUAGACUGACUGACUGACAUAUGGCUGACUAAUGACUUUCCUGCUUACUGGCCUGACUGACCGACAGCUUACUGACCGACUAAAUGCCUGAAUAACUUCCUCAUUGACUGGAUCACCAACUGGCUGGCUGACAGAUAAGAACGACUGUAUGUGUGUUAUAACAUAGACAGAUACUUACCUUUUGAAAGGUCCGUUUGGAUGAACUACACUUGUGUCAACUCGAAAGGAAAUGGAUUUUGUUAUGAAAUCGCACGUCUGUUCGUCUGUCUGUCUGUCUAGGGAGAUGCUUUCUGUCUGAAUCAAUCACAUCUCGAUCUGUCUGUUUGUCUGACUUAAUAACUGAUUGAGCAAGUGACGGACGCACUCUUGCCUGCCUGUCUGUUAUUUCAAUCUAAUUGUUGUGCUGUGAGAAAGGAUACUUUGGAUGACGAACUUUUCUUGUUCAUCGACUUCUUUACCAAACCACUUUAAUGAUGUAAUCCUCAGACUUUUUAAAACUGAUUAGUUUACGUUUCUUUCCCAGGAGCCUGCUGAGUCACUCCCGGUGGAAAGAUCCACAGGACUGUUCGACAGUCGCACUGCGUUAUUCAAGAAAUCAUUGCUGGUCAGUGGUUCCUUGUUAACAUUGUUUUUGAUUUCUGGCAUCACCUGGGAAAUAAUUCGAUUCAUCAGAGCAAGAUCGAAAAUUCAUUCAUCAGGUAUGUGGUGCUUCUCAAAUAUGAUAUUUUUGCUUAAUUUUUUGAAGGCCUCACUAAUCUCGAAUACAGAUCCUGCCUUGUAACUGUAACUGAAAUGCAGGAUCCUUACAUUGCUUGGCCGUGGAAGGUCUGGGUUCGAGACCAUGUCCUCUUUAAAAUUCCCAAACGCCACUCCAUCCUUUAGUGUGAAAUAGGUACAAACAAACUAUCAGGAGGGGGCGGGGGGGAGGUAACCAGCGAUGUGCAAGCAUCACAACCAAGGAGAGUACAUACUCUCCACUCUCUUAGUAGCCUCAUGCUAAAGAAACCGUUGAUUAGAUACAGCGGUUUUUGGCCAAUCUUGUUUAGGACGCACUAGCUAUUGUGGUCAAGAUUUAUUCGCAUGCCAAUCAGUUUAAUUUACAGCCUGCUUUGCCGGUUCUUCAUUCCAUGCGCGGAUACAGACGAUUUCUUAAUUUCAAAGAGCCAUGAAGAGUCAGUGUUUAUUAAGAACGCCGGAGUUUUAUGAGCGAGAGAAUGUGUUUCUGCGCCGUCACCUUCCCGAUCUCUCGUAGCUUGUUCGCACCUCACUUGAAAAGGAAAUCUUUACAUCAUUUGACCCCUGAAAUAACUAAUACAUUUUAUCAAUCUUGCUAACCACAGCUAUAAGACAGAAGUUGGAAAUGAUGGGCGAGAUGAAAGCGAUGGUGGAAACUCUUAACAAGAACAUUCGCGUAAUUCAUGUGAACUUGGCAAGAAGACAUUACAGAGAAAGACAACAGUUAUUAAAGAGCCACAUACUGGAGCCGAAGAUAGAAUUCCAAUCAAUAGCUGAAAUAAGUUCUCAGGAACUCGCAAACACCUUUGAUUCAGAGUCACGUUUGCAAGAGGAAAGAGAACACGAGGCAGACUGUUGA